AUGACGCACAAGCACUACAGCCAGCGCUCUCUGGUUGUUCUUUCUUUACUGGGGAUCUUAUCGGCCAUCAUGUCCGUUUUAUCGGUCAUUUUGAUUUUCCAGCUGCAGUCCCAGCAGGCAGCAGUGAAGGAGUCUCCCCCGGCCGCCUUCUCAUCGCUCAUACCCGCUGCUAUCUGGGCAGUGCUGCUGCCGGUCUCCACGGUGCUCUCCGCUCUGGCUCUCACUCUGCAUUUAAGCUCUGUGGUGGUGUGUCUCCUGCACAGCUACUUCUCCACAGAGGUGUGCAGAGGAGAGCUGGAUGCUGAAAGAGCUGACUGGUUCCUUUUGGACAGCAGAGGUGUGCGACAUGUGGCCAUCGGACUCUUCUGUCUGGGGGUUUCUCUCUACUUGGCAGCCAUGUCCAUCUUUAUGCUGAUAAUAUUUGAGGUGGAGACUGGUAUUGCCAGUGCUUGUGUCCUCUCCUCUGGGAUCUUAAUCCUGCUGGUGGUUGUAAUCCACGCUCUGGUCAAAGCCUCCCAUACUGGCAAGCACAACCACCUUGACACCCUGUAUCAGAAUGACCACGGAAACACCAACGCGCCUCUCUCUCGGCCCUGCGAGCUCAAAGUCGGUGUGGACAAGCCGCGAAUUCACCGCAGUCAGUCUCACCUCCAGCAUCAGAUCUCCUACACUCAAUAUGGCAACCCCAGACAGCGAGAGCAACACCAGCACCAGCAGUACUCCCCAUCCGGAGGCUCACAAGGUCACGCUAGUGAUAAAGACGGCUACAGCAGCGGGGGCAGCUGCCCUCGAAUGCACAGGACCCUGUCUACUGAAUCUGGUUUAUUGCAGGCCCAGGCUAAACCCUGGAAUGGGGUCAACAAUGAGAUGAGGAGUGUCCUUGCACGUAAGUCAGGGAUUUCGGCAAAAGACUCUACUCUUGUGUGACAUAAAGGAAGUUGAGCUCCUGGUUAAAGACGAUGAUGACAUUUAAGUACGUCACUAAGAAGACUGCUAACAAAUGUCAACUAAACACAGACGUAGAAGUGUCACCUUGUACCUUUUUACUCUCAACAUGUUUGUCCUGACUGAUUGCAGACAACAUGGGAAUGAGAGAAAAACAGACUUAAAUUUUCAUAUUUAUCAGCUGAUUCGUCCCCUUCAGAUUAUAAAGUGUUUUUAACUUGAUGGAGAACAUAGUGAUAGUUUAUAGUGUUUUGUAUGGAUGAACUUGAUUUAAAUCUCAUUUUACACACCAAUGUUGCCCAAAUAUCAACUUGGCAAAUGUAUGGCUUUCAUUGUAAUAAUGUAAAUACUUUAUUUCACUGGAUUUGGCAGUUAUUUUGCCAAAUAUUUGAGCACACAGUGCAGGUAUGUUUUGUUUUAUGUUCCAAAUGAUUUCUGUCAAUAAAUGUAUUAGUUCUUGAAAAUAUUCAUCAGCUUAAAAGUAAGAUGAUUUUGGACAUAUAUAUAGGGCAUUAAAAUAAUGUUCACAAAAGCCUGUCAUGUGAAGGUAAUUUUUACUCAGUUUUGACAAAAGCUCUUAACCUAGGCCUGAAUGCGAAGGAA